AUGCCACAGGUAGUCGAUUGGGAAUUUCAGAUAUGCGUGGCAAACGAAGCGAAAAGAAUAAGUGGUGAACAAAACACUGAGGAGAAGAGGUUCGUUAGGAAUAUUUUUUCAAGACCUUGCCAGACAGCUUGCUUUCUUUAUUUCUCUAAAGAGACACGGUUCCUCCCCAUUUUCUCUCUUCUUCAUUCUCGUCCCCAUUUUCUCUCUUCUUCAUUCUCGUCCCCAUUUUCUCUCUUCUUCAUUCUCGUCCUCAUUUUCUCUCUUCUUCCUCUUCAUUCUCGUCCCUUCCAUUUCCCUUUUCUUCUUCAUUCUCGUCCUCAUUUUCUCUCUUUUCUUCCUCUUUCGUCUUCUAUUUUUAAUUUCUCUCUUGUUCAUUCUUCCACUAGUUCCUCAUUUCUCUCUUCUUCCUUUGUGCUCGUCCUCAUUUCUCUCUCUCUUCUUUCUCGUCCUCAUUUCUCUCUUCUACAUUCUCGUCCCCAUUUUCUCUCUUCUUCAUUCUCGUCCCCAUUUUCUCUCUUCUUCAUUCUCGUCCCCAUUUUCUCUCUUGUUCAUUCUCGUCCUCAUUUUCUCUCUUCUUCCUCUUGUGCUCUUUUACACUCUCUUCUUCCACUAGUUCUCAUUUUCUCUCUUCUUCUUUCUCGUCCUCAUUUUCUCUCUUCUUCCUCUCGUCCUCAUUUUUUCCUCUCUCUUCUUCCUCUCGUCCUUAUUUUCUCUCUUCUUCCUCUCGUCCUCAUUUUCUCUCGUCAUCAUUCUCGUCCUCAUUUUCUCCUUCUUCAUUCUCGUCCCCAUUUUCUCUCUUCUUCCUCUCGUCCUUAUUUUCUCUCUUCUUCCUCUUGUGCUCUUUUUACACUCUCUUCUUCCACUAGUUCUCAUUUUCUCUCUUCUUCUUUCUCGUCCUCAUUUUCUCUCUCUUCUUCCUCUCGUCCUUAUUUUCUCACUUCUUCCUCUCGUCCUUAUUUUCUCACUUCUUCCUCUCGUCCUUAUUUUCUCUCUUCCUUAUUUUCUCUCUUCUUCCUCUCGUCCUCAUUUUCUCUCUUCUUCCUCUCGUCCUUAUUUUCUCUCUUCUUCCUCUCGUCCUCAUUUUCUCUCGUCAUCAUUCUCGUCCUCAUUUUCUCUCUUCUUCAUUCUCGUCCACAUUUUCUCUCUUCUUCCUCUCGUCCUUAUUUUCUCUCUUCUUCCUCUUGUGCUCUUUUACACUCUCUUCUUCCACUAGUCCUCAUUUUCUCUCCUCUUCAUUCUCGUCCUCAUUUUCUCUCGUCUUCUUUCUAUUCUCAUUUUCUCUCUUCUUCUUUCUCGUCCUCAUUUUCUCUCUUCUUCCUCUCGUCCUUAUUUUCUCUCUUCUUUCUCUCGUCCUUAUUUUCUCUCUUCUUCCUCUCGUCCUCAUUUUCUCUCGUCAUCAUUCUCGUCCUCAUUUUCUCUCUUCUUCCUCUCGUCCUUAUUUUCUCUCUUCUUCCUCUCGUCCUUAUUUUCUCUCUUCUUCCUCUCGUCCUUAUUUCUCUCGUCAUCAUUCUCGUCCUCAUUUUCUCUCGUCAUCAUUCUCGUCCUCAUUUUCUCUCUUCUUCCUCUCGUCCUUAUUUUCUCUCUUCUUCCUCUUGUGCUCUUUUACACUCUCUUCUUCCACUAGUCCUCAUUUUCUCUCCUCUUCAUUCUCGUCCCCAUUUUCUCUCUUCUUCAUUCUCGUCCUCAUUUUCUCUCUUCUUCAUUCUCGUCCCCAUUUUCUCUCUUCUUCCUCUUGUGCUUUUUACACUCUCUUCUUCCACUAGUUCCCAUUUUCUCUCUUCUUCUUUCUCGUCCUCAUUUUCUCUCUUCUUCCUCUUGUCCUCAUUUUCUCUCUUCUUCCUCUCGUCCUUAUUUUCUCUCUUCUUCCUCUCGUCCUCUCAUUUCUCUCGUCAUCAUUCUCGUCCUCAUUUUCUCUCUCCUUCAUUCUCGUCCUCAUUUUCUCUCUUCUUCCUCUCGUCCUUAUUUUCUCUCUUCUUCCUCUUGUGCUCUUUUACACUCUCUUCUUCCACUAGUCCUCAUUUUCUCUCCUCUUCAUUCUCCUCCUCAUUUUCUCUCUUCUUCAUUCUCGUCCCCAUUUUCUCUCUUCUUCACUGUCGUCCUCAUUUUCUCUCUUCUUCCUCUUGUGCUCUUUUACUGUCUCUUCUUUCACUAGUCCUCAUUUUCUCUCCUCUUCAUUCUCGUCCACAUUUUCUCUCUUCUUUUCUCGUCCUCAUUUUCUCUCUUCUUCAUUCUCGUCCCCAUUUUCUCUCUUCUUCUUUCUCGUCCUCAUUUUCUCUCGUCUUCUUUCUCGUCCUCCUUUUCUCUCUUCUUCAUUCUCGUCCUCAUUUUCUCUCUUCUUCCUCUCGUCCUCAUUUUCUCUCUUCUUCCUAUCGUCCUCAUUUUCUUUCUUCUUCCUCUUGUGCUCUUUUACUCUCUCUUCUUUCACUAGUCCUCAUUUUCUCUCUUCUUCAUUCUCGUCCCCAUUUUCUCUCUUCUUCAUUCUCGUCCACAUUUUCUCUCUUCUUUUCUCGUCCUCAUUUUCUCUCUUCUUCCUCUUGUGCUCUUUUACUCUCUCUUCUUCCACUAGUCCUCAUUUUAUCUCUUCUUCAUUCUCGUCCUCUUUUUCUCUCGUCUUCUUUCUCGUCCCCAUUUUAUCUCUUUUUCAUUCUCGUCCUCUUUUUCUCUCGUCUUCUUUCUCGUCCUCCUUUUCUCUCUUCUUCAUUCUCGUCCUCCUUUUCUCUCUUCUUCAUUCUCGUCCUCCCUUUCUCUCUUCUUCAUUCUCGUCCUCCUUUUCUCUCAUCUUCAUUCUCGUCCUCCUUUUCUCUCUUCUUCAUUCUCGUCCUCCUUUUCUCUCUUCUUCAUCUCGUCCUCCUUUUCUCUCAUCUUCAUUCUCGUCCUCCUUUUCUCUCUUCUUCAUUCUCGUCCUCCUUUUCUCUCUUCUUCAUUCUCGUCCUCCUUUUCUCUCGUCUUCAUUCUCGUCCUCCUUUUCUCUCUUCUUCAUUCUCGUCCUCCUUUUCUCUCGUCUUCAUUCUCGUCCUCCUUUUCUCUCGUCUUCAUUCUCGUGCUCUUUUUCUGUCUUCUUCCUCUCGCACUCUCACUCUCUCUCUCUCUCUUGUCUUCUUCUCGCCCUUUCCUUCUUCUCCCACUCGUCUUCUCUUUGACUUUCUUCUUCCUCUUUUACCACACUUUCGUUUUCCUCUCGCACUCUCUUUCUCUUCCCUUAGCACUCUCUUUGUCUUUCUCUCGUUUUCUCUUUCUCUCGUUUUCUCUUUCUCCCAUUUUCACUUUCUCCCAUUUUCACUUUCUCUUUUCUUCAUCUCAUCUUCUCUUUCUUCUUCCCCAUUACAUCAAACCUCGCUUAUUUCUUCCUAUUUGAUAUUAACAAUGACAUAA